GUCGGUGUUGCUGUCACUUAAUCUCCCGGGCUGGCAGUGACGGACUGAUUUGUGGCUGCUCCAGGCCGGGGCCGGCGACAUGUUGAGGGCACGGCGAGUGCUCUGUCAGUCUUUGAGGCUGCGGCCCUCCGGCGAUGAUGUGCUGCGCCGAGGCAGGCACCUCUUGCACCCGGAAUGGGUCGCGUUAGCGGAGAAACAGCUGAAGGGGAAGAAAGCCGAGGAUCUGAUAUGGGAAACGCCGGAGGGGAUCGCCAUCAAACCCGUUUAUACCAAACAGGACACGGUGGAUCUGCCCGAGGAGCUGCCGGGCCUGUGGCCUUACACCAGGGGCCCCUACCCAACCAUGUACACGUAUAGACCUUGGACCAUUCGACAGUACGCCGGCUUCAGCACGGUGGAGGAGAGCAACCGGUUUUACCGUAAUAACAUCAAAGCUGGCCAACAGGGACUUUCGGUGGCUUUUGAUCUUGCCACUCACAGAGGAUAUGAUUCAGAUAACCCUCGUGUUCGUGGAGAUGUUGGAAUGGCAGGAGUUGCAAUAGACAGUGUUGAAGAUAUGAAAUUGUUGUUCGACUCAAUUCCUUUGGAAAAGAUGUCUGUUUCCAUGACUAUGAAUGGUGCAGUGCUGCCAGUUCUGGCUAUGUUCGUUGUGACAGGACAAGAACAAGGUGUUCCUGCAGAGAAAUUAACAGGCACCAUUCAGAAUGACAUACUAAAAGAAUUCAUGGUCAGGAACACUUUCAUUUUCCCACCUGAACCUUCCAUGAAGAUUAUAGCUGAUAUAUUCCAGUAUACUGCUGAACAUAUGCCUCGAUUUAACUCCAUUUCUAUCAGUGGAUACCACCUCCAAGAAGCUGGUGCUGGUGCUGUUUUGGAAUUAGCUUAUACCAUAGCAAAUGGUUUAGAAUACUGCAGGACUGGUAUCCAAGUUGGACUUAACAUUGAUGACUUUGCACCACGACUUUCUUUCUUUUGGGGAAUUGGUAUGAAUUUUUACAUGGAAAUAGCAAAGCUGAGAGCGGCUAGACGGCUCUGGGCCCAUUUAAUGAAAGAAAAAUUUAAUGCUAAAAAUUCAAAAUCUUUGCUGCUACGAGCUCAUUGCCAGACCUCUGGUUGGUCCCUCACUGAGCAGGAUCCACAUAACAAUAUUGUUCGCACAGUGAUUGAGGCAAUGGCAGCUGUGUUUGGAGGAACUCAGUCAUUGCAUACUAAUUCCUUUGAUGAGGCAUUAAGUCUGCCCACAUUACAAAGCUCGCGGAUUGCCAGGAAUACUCAGAUCAUCAUACAGGAGGAAUCUGGCAUCCCAAAAGUGGCAGAUCCUUGGGCAGGUUCAUUUAUGAUGGAGACUCUUACUAAUCAGGUGUAUGAUGCUGCUUUAGAGCUUAUUAAUGAGAUUGAAGAAAUGGGUGGUAUGGCUAAAGCGGUAGCCGAAGGGAUCCCAAAACUGCGUAUUGAAGAGUGUGCAGCCAGAAACCAAGCAAGGAUUGACUCUGGUGCUAAGGUAAUCGUAGGAGUAAACAAGUAUCGUCUGGAGAAAGAAGAAACUGUUGAUGUGUUGGUUAUUGAUAAUACUGCAGUGCGUAAUCAACAGAUUGCAAAGCUGGAAAAGCUAAAAGCAUCCAGAAAUCAGGCAACAGUAGAACAAUGUCUUGAUGCCAUCACCGAAUGUUCACGCUCAGGAGGGAAAAACCUGCUGGCUCUUGCAGUGGAAGCUGCUCGUGCAAGAUGUACAGUUGGAGAAAUUACAGAUGCAAUGAAAAAAGUGUUUGGUGAACAUCGACCUAGUAAUCGCAUGGUGAGUGGUGCAUAUCGACAUGAAUUUGGUGACAGUGAAGAAAUGUCUAUGGCAAUAAACCGGAUUGAGAAAUUUGCUAAAAAUGAAGGCCGUCGACCUCGUCUGCUUGUUGCUAAAAUGGGUCAAGAUGGGCAUGACAGAGGAGCAAAAGUUAUUGCAACAGGAUUUGCUGAUCUUGGCUUUGAUGUGGAUAUAGGACCACUUUUUCAGACUCCUCGAGAGGUGGCUCAGCAAGCAGUAGAUGCAGAUGUUCACUGUGUGGGUGUCAGUUCGCUGGCUGCUGGGCACAAAACUCUUGUGCCAGAACUGAUUAAAGAGCUAUGUGAUCUUCGGCGCCCUGAUAUUUUGGUCAUCUGUGGUGGUGUGAUUCCUCCUCAGGAUUAUGACAUCUUGUACAAGUCAGGCGUUUGCAACAUCUUUGGCCCAGGUACCAGAAUUCCAGUUGCAGCUAUACAGGUACUUGCUGACAUUGAGAGAAACUUAGUCAAGAGGCAGCAAUCAAUGUGAUUGUGAAUGCCAUCAAAUACUUUUUAUUUCACAGAUAUGUUAUGAAACUUGUUUUCUGUAAUGUCAAUCAAAAAUAACUUAAUACAUUUGUCUUCUGUACUUUCUGGGAAAGUUUGUAGAUUAUCAAUAUAUUGUAACUAUUUGUAUCUCAGUUCACUUACUAGUGUAAACUAUGAUCACAGACUGCAAGCUUUUACAAAGAUGAUAUAACAGCUCUUGAGUAAAUGGCAUGUUGGUGCUUUAAAUAUUUAAAUUUAAGCUAAAUGCCUAACAUUGAUUCCUUUUCAGAAUUCACUUGCAUUUACAUGAUUAAUGAUUGUGAACAGUUACAGUUUCAUGUCCAGCCAGACAAAUAAAAUUAUGAAAAUA